AUGAAGCUCACCAGCAAAAGCCCCAGCAGGGGGAAUUCACCGACACGAGGGUCUCGGGGAGGACUUUGCACUCUGCUAUGCUACAUGACGUUCUUCGCAGCGUCGGCUUUGGUGUUGACGACUGUGGACUUUUCUCAACUUGCCUCGCUCGAUAAGGCACCGAAGAAGGCACCAAAGAAGAAGAGAAAGAUUAAGCAAAUCACUGUUCUUGGAGAGCGAAACUCUGGGACUCGAUGGACCUACGGUCACUUGUCUAAGUGCUUUAAUCAUUCCAUCCCUGUGACUAGAACAUUGACGAGGUACAAGCAUUGGUUUCAGGAGCCUGUUUACGACAGAUACCCUCAUGACACGCUCGUCGUUAUGCAAUUCCGUAAUCCGUAUGAUUGGUUCAAGGCCAUGCAAAGAGUUCCCCAUCACUCUCCGGCACAUGUGCAAUAUCGGGAUCAUGAUAAGUGGAAGCAAUUUUUAACGACGCCCUGGACCAUGGAACGCAUUGGACUAGAUCGCUGGGACAAUCACACGGAACCCUGUCAGCAAAACUUUCAAUGGAAGGAUCUUAUCAGCUGUCCAGUCUAUCCAAUUCCAAAGGAAGAAGUCACAGAGCAUACUUAUUCGAAUCACCAACCCUUUUAUGAAAUGAGAAAUGACGGUAGUGGCAAACCAUAUGACAAUAUUAUGGAGUUGAGAACGGACAAGAUUCGAAAUUUCAUGACGGUCAAGGACUAUGAAGGUGUCGCAGAUGUUUGGAUCACGCAGUACGAGUAUCUAUUGACAAAGGGUACCAAGAAAUUGGUAGAUCAGGUGGCCAAAGAAACUGGAAUUAAACCAAAGUGUGAACCAUAUGAAGGACAGAACCGCAGGUCGAGAGUGGUGGAGGCAGAGAUGGCAGAAUUCAUUCGAGAAAAUCUGGACUGGGAAGUGGAGUCAUGGAUUGGGUACAAGCCACACAAAUAG